UAAGCCUAAAGAGCGCGUUACAUGGAGUGUGCGUAACUUGACACGUUUGCAAAUGGCAAACGAGAAGGCGUUUAAUGUUCAGUCUGCUUAUUCAGAUCUCAACAAGGCUUGUAGUGCUCAAGCGUACGAUAAGAUUAUAAAUAUCUCUGGGAAAAUUCUUACAAAGUAUCCUGGUGAGACUAAAGCUUUCCUGUGCAAGGUUGUUGCCCUUAUUCGAACCGAGAAAUACGAAGAUUGUUUGAGUUUCUUGAAAAAAAACCCAACACUAUCUAGUCAUGUCAUCUUUGAGAAAGCUUACGUUGAAUAUAGACUUAAUCGUCUCACUGAAGCCGCAAAAACUCUUGAAUCAGCCGAGGCAAACGAUCCAAAAGCUCAGGAACUAAAAGCGCAAGUGUUGUACAGGAAAGGUGAUUUUGCUGCUGCAUACGCCUACCUACGGUCAGUGAUUCGAAAUUCUCAAGUUAGUAAUACACCUAAUUCGUUAUUCUCUUCUAGGAUGAUUAUAGUGAAGAACGGCUCGCGAAUCUAACGGCGGUGGCUGCUGCUGAAUCAUGCUUUAAUAACACUAAUCUGGUAAGGAUAGAUUUUUUAUAAUCGUUAUUUUUUAAAGGACCUAGAUGUUAACCCCCAAAUGUAUGAAGGAAAGUUUAAUCUGGCAUGUUAUCAUCUUGGACGUGGUGACUGUCAUCUGGCAUCCAGAUUGUUAGAUGAUGCUGAAAAUACUUGUAAUCUGUGUCUCUCUGAAGACCCGGAAUUAACUGAAGAGGAGAAGAAUGAAGAGUUAGCUCCUAUAAGAGUUCAGCGAGCUUAUAUUUUGCAGAUCAAUAAGGAAGAAGAAGAAGCGAACCAGGUGUAUCAAUCAGUCAUUCGACAAAGAGCUUCAGAUACUGCUCUUCUAGCAGUGGCUGCUAACAAUAUUGUCUGUAUCAAUCAAGAUCAAAAUAUAUUCGACAGCCGUAAACGUAUUAAGAUGGCUUCUACAGAUGGUUUACAAUUUAAGCUUUUUUCUCGCCAACGUACUGAUAUGCUUAUCAACCAAGCUUUGUUUUACUGGUACACGAAUCAAAUGGAAGCUUGUACCGCAAAGCUACGUACAGUUUUACAAGAGGAGUUAAGUCCACGAGCUUUGCUUUUAUCGGCUGCUCAGUUAAUUAAAGAGAAAAAUAUUGAUAAAGCAGUUUUACUCUUGGAAAGUUAUUUGUCCAAUGUUACUGGUAAUCAGGUAGAUGCAGAAAUCCCUUUAGCUUUGGCUCAAAUAAAUCUUCGCCGAAUAUCUGCAAAUCAUUUGGGAACCGGUAGUCCGCAACCUAAAAAUGCAUUAAAUGUAGCCCAAAUGCUUGAAAACAUUCUUCCCCAGCACUUAAUUCAUUCUCCCGGUGUUUUGUCAACACGGAUCGCUUUAUAUCUUUUAGCGAGCUCUGGUGAAAAUGCUGUACAAACACGUCCCGAUAGCAUGAAACAAAUAGUCAAUUGUAUUGAAUCAACCCUUCAUUAUUAUGAAGAGUUAGGAGAACAGAAUGAAACUUAUUCCCAUUUGUUGGAUAAUUGUGCUGGAUUUCUUCUGCAACAAGGUGAGGCAAAACUUGCGGCUGAAAUUCUUGAAAAACAGUUAGCCCGACUUGAAUCAAACGUUUCUCAAGAAAAACAAAAUAGUUUAAUCAAACAAGUACUGGUAGCUCGUUUGGUACGUGCCUACGCACAGUUUGAUCGUCCUAAAGCCGAACAAACCUGUAAAUCAUUACAAGCUAAAGAAUCCCUCUCAGAGGCUGAUGUAGAUACUUUGGAAACUACAUUUUUAUAUGGAGCAAAGUCUUUAAAACGGCUUGGCAAACCCAGUGAGCCAACGGAUAUUUCAGACAAGGGCAAGUCAAAACGAAACCAAAUAAAAAAAAACAUUUCUAAUACUCCUUCCUCAGAUCCUGGUGUGCAGCAGGUUACUUCGCGUUCUAAGCGUAAAAAGAAGAGGAUUCGCCUGCCAAAGAAUUAUCAGCCAGGAGUUAUGCCUGAUCCUAAUCGUUGGUUACCCCGACGAGAACGUACUCACUAUCGUGGCAAACGUCGUGACAAGCGAUUUGCUCCUACACGCGGUCCUCAGGGUCAAAUAACUGGAGAAAGUGAAUGGGAUGCUGCUAUACGUAGUCCUAAAGUCAAAGUUCAUGAAGACGGUUCAGCAGGAUCUACUCCUAAACAAAUGUCUAAUACAGCUAAACAGCAACAAAAGAAAGGUCGUAAGAAAGGCCGAUAAUAUUACCAAGACUAAAUAAAACAACAGAAUAUCUAAUUAAUCUGUAAUUUUUUGAUCGUGUAAUAUAUAUAUAAUGUAUUGUGCAUCUAUGUACAUGUUAUUUGUACUGUAAUAUUUCUUUUUGGUUCAAAUUCUGGAAACAUUUGUAUGUAUACCUAGUGAAAUAUAUUUGUUUUUAUUAGAUAAUUCCGUUUGACAGUAUAUUCUUAAUAAUUAAAGCAUCAUUUUAAUGGGUUACAACCUUUAAUUUCUUAUCAUUUAUUUAAUAUUCAUUAUAAGUGUAGUGUUUGUUAGUCUUUUUCAUUACACUUGUUCUUGGAAGGUUAUUUCUUUUUUUUCUUCUUCAUUGUAUCACUACAUAUUUAUUUGGUCUUUAUGAAUUAUAUUUUUAUUUGGUAUUCAUGAAUAAGAAUUAACGGUGUUACCACUUCCUAAUAUUGUUAAAUAUGUGUUUCUUCUAUUUAAAAUUAUGGUUUACCUCUAAAAUAAUGUCGAGAAGAAAAAAAGUAUUUCUGUGUACAUCUACGUUAGAGCGUAAACACAGUGAUAUUAUCUUGUUAGAAUAAUGGUAUACGAGAAAUGUGACUAUAUUUUAAGUAAUCAAAAAUAAAUACUGAUUGUCUGGG